AUGGGUGUGCGGCAUUUCUUCCUCGCAACGGGGCGUACCUUCCACUACGACCAUCCACAGAUUCGCAUGCUUCUCAAGGGCAUAAGCCGGCGUGAUACACUUCCCCAGCGCAAGGCCCCAGUGUCCAUCCGUCUUCUAGAAGCCUGCUUUACACGCCUGAGCCUCCGGAACCCUGCGGAUCAGACUCUAUGGGGGGCACUGUGUAUGUCGUUCUUCUUCCUCUUCCGCCGGUCAGAGAUCGUGUCUGUGAGCGCUGGUCGAUUCCGCUGGUUUGCAAUCCGGGCGUUCGAUGUAGCGGUGCUCGACGCCGGCGACGUGCCGACCUUAGACCCCAUCCAAGCAGCUUCAGUUCACGUGAGACUGAGAGGCUCAAAAACGAACCAGCGAGGGUCUCCUUCUCUACGAAUGCUGCGGCGCUCCGGACACAAGUCUCUGUGCCCUGUUUUAGGUGCUCUGUUGAUGCUCAAGGCCCAUGGAUCAUUACCCAGUUAUGUGCCGAUUGCAGUCUACGAGAACGGAGACGGCCGCCUCGGCGAGGUAUCCGCCAAUGGAGUAGCCAACACAAUCCGCACCGCGCCGGUCUCAAUUGGCCAUGACCCUUCCAAGUUUAGCACACACUCACUUCGCUCGGGCGGGGCCACACACAUGUAUCGGGCUGGUGUCGAUGCCCUCACCAUCCAGUUUCACGGCCGGUGGGUGUCCGACACAUUCAAGAUCUUCACUCGCAUAUGCAGCGAGUCUGUGGCCAGCCUGGCGUCCAACAUGAUUCGCGGUUCUCAGGCCGUCUCGACCUUACCGUAA